AUGGCCUCUCUAGCCCGUGGUAAGCCUCGCAAGUUUGGCGAGAGGAUCUUCAAAACUUCAAAGGCCACCUCCAUUGCCAGUCUUACAGACCUGCGUAAGGAGCUUGGGUACGGCCAUCCUGGUCAAGAUCAAGACAUUGCCUUCAAGCGAGCCAUUCGACACCAGAUCGAGCAAUUCAAAUCCACUGAAGGUAUCCCCGGGUACAGGCUCACUAAGUGGACAGAUCCUUCUCAUAAGAGAGGACUUCUCGAAAUCACUAGGGACUUUCUUGAUACUCAAGGAAAGGGGGUUGAGUACUGGCCUGACAGGUGCCACCUUGACACAUCACGCCCAUUGCGAUAUCACAAAGACUCUGCUAAGUAUGCCUUCGAAAUACACACACCUUUGGCCUUGAGCAUAGCUGACAACGGCCGUAAUAGGAUACACCGUCUCAUGAUCAAGGUCUUUUGGCGCACAGCUAAGGAAUACAAGCGACACAAAACGUCAAGUGUGGCCACUGCUCAGCUACUCUCGCAACCCACCAACACAAUCGAUAGACCCAUCAAGGCUCAGGAUAACUCUGACGGCACUGAUCAUCGAGUACUACACAAUACACCAGAUAUCAGGGGCCAGACUGCGGAUAACCCUAUAUAUUUAGAUGAUAUGCCACCAUUUGUUCAAGGAGUAUCCGAAACUCACGCCCCCUUUGCUGGCCAACCUAUGGCUCCGUUUUGCGACGAGAGGUUCGAAAGUAACGGGCCUGAAAACUCGGAACAUAUCCGUGCCAUGAUUGGCAUUCCUUUCGACCCCAACAUUCAGAACUUUGCUCCUCCGACUCAGGAGACUAUGGCCACCGGCCUUGACGACACUCUCGACCUCCUGCAACAGGAUGAACAGAGGGCCCAGAACAAUGGCAAGCGACCAGCUGAGCUCAACGAUGACAAUACUCCACAACCUUCGUCCUCCCAGCCACAACAUCUGCCCACUAAACGCGCCAGGAAACGCAUUGCCCGACUAGAUAGUGCCCCCGAAGAAGAGGUUGCAGUGUAUGAUGAGACUUCGUCUUCAUCUAUGCAGUCAUCGCAACACAGCAACUGGUCGGCACCAAAUCAGCCAACAAGAGGCUCCCCGUUCAAAGGCCCCUUACCCCGUCAUGGUAGUCGUAGUGUAGGGAGAAAGACUUUCGAGCCCGAGAGAACACCAAGAGUAGAAGCUGCUCGACGCGCUGAGCGAGACGCUCAAGCUACUGUAUCGGCCAUAGAGGAAUGUCACGCUACAACUACUGAUACAGGCUCCGCCGACGGGGUUCAGGAGCACACAGCUGAUGAAUCUCAAAUUCAACCCACGCUGCCUCAUCCUGAGCCCGUCGGAGAUAUGGCGCUCAUCCAGGAGCCAACACCGGCACAAGAGGCAACUCCAGUUCAGGAGAGCGGUGCUCCUGGGGUAGAUCUUAGUCAAGCUGCUUCUCAGAAUGUCUCAGACUCAAGGAGGAACCCUCGCCUCAAAUUACAAUCGAAAGCUCUUAUGGCGUCUCGUAUUGAACUACGAUCCAGCAUCUCCAACUGCAUGUCUUUAGAGAUAUGGAGGCCUUCUUCGUCUAUAUUCGACAUGUCUCUUGAAGAAUUGACAGCCGCUCUAGUUCCGAAUCGCGAGUUUGGGAGUCUUCACUUGUUAUUUAAGUCGCUGAUACCUGGACGCCAGCGCGGUUUACCAGCUCCGGCUCUGCGCAAUGGAGAUAGUGACUUUCGUUUCUUCAAGCUGGAGUGUUUGGACAUUAUUAUUGAAGAGUUUGAGCGUUCUCGGUCGCUUCCGAAGGCCGAGAGGCCGGAAUUGGCCUAUUCGAUCCACAUCUCCAGAGCGCUUGACUUCUACUGA